CUGUCACAAAGCAGGGAAAAGGCAUUGCAGUCUUGAGCACUGGAGAGCAAGGAAGAUAGAAGCAGCACCAUAGCAUGCCACUUUGUUAACUGACACUGAUGCCUGAUAUUUCAUGUUUGGGAACCAUGAAGUGUUACUCUGCUGCCAGUAGCCUUCUGUUCUCCCUUGUGAUCUCAAGGCUGGUCUGUUUGGGUCUGAGCAAUCGACUGCCGUACUUCAUAAAUUAUUUCUUUGACACCUACCUGUUGAUCAAUGAGGAUACCCCUGUGGGUUCAUCAGUGACCCAGUUGAUUGCCCGGGACCUAGACAAUGACCCCCUGGUGUAUGGUGUUGUUGGGGAAGAAGCCAGCAGGUUCUUUGCAGUGGAGGGUGUGACGGGAGUUGUAUGGCUCAGGCAGCCCUUGGACAGAGAGACUAAGUCAGAAUUCACAGUUGAAUUUUCUGUCAGUGACAGCCAGGGGGUGAUCAAGGGGACAGUGAAUAUCCAAGUGGGAGACGUGAAUGACAAUGCUCCAACGUUUCAUAAUCAGCCUUACAGUGUCCGCAUUCCAGAGAAUACACCAGUGGGAACACCAAUUUUCAUAGUGAAUGCCACAGAUCCAGACCAGGGAGCAGGAGGAAGUGUGCUUUAUUCCUUUCAGCCUCCAUCCAACUUCUUUGCUAUUGACAGUGCCCGCGGCAUUGUGACAGUAAUACGAGGGUUGGAUUAUGAAGUCACUCAGGCCUAUCAACUCCAGGUCAAUGCAACGGACCAAGAUAAAAACAAGCCCCUGUCCACUCUGGCCAACUUGGCGAUCAUCAUCACAGAUGUGCAAGACAUGGAUCCAGUAUUCAUCAAUCUGCCCUACAGCACAAACAUCUAUGAGAACUCACCUCCGGGUACAACUGUGCGCAUGAUAACGGCAAUUGACCAAGACAAAGGACGGCCCAGAGGUAUUGGAUACACCAUUGUCUCAGGUAACACCAACAGCAUCUUUGCAUUGGACUAUAUCAGUGGAGCUUUAACCUUGAAUGGGCUGCUUGACCGUGAAAACCCUCUCUACAGUAAUGGAUUCAUUCUCACAGUCAAGGGUACGGAGUUGAACGAUGACCGGACACCAUCCAAUGCCACAGUGACAACCACCUUUAAUAUCCUGGUCAUUGACAUAAAUGACAAUGCCCCGGAGUUUAACAGCUCUGAGUACAGUGUGAGCAUUCCUGAGCUGGCCCAGGUUGGAUUUGCCCUCCCCCUUUACAUCCAGGUGCAGGAUAAAGAUGAGGGACCCAACAGUGUUUUUGAGGUUUACCUUGUUGGUAACAACUCCAAUCACUUCAUCAUCUCCCCGACCUCGAUCCAGGGAAAGGCAGACAUUCGUGUUCGGGUUGCAGUGCCACUGGACUAUGAGACCAUUCCUCGCUAUGAAUUUUCUCUGUUUGCUAACGAGAGCGUGCCAGAUCAUGUUGGCUUUGCACGAGUGAAGAUUAACCUCAUCAAUGAGAAUGACAACCGCCCCGUUUUUAGCCAAGUCCUAUAUAAUGUUAGUCUGUUUGAGAAUGUCACCGUGGGAACCACAGUCUUGACAGUCCACGCAACUGACAAUGAUGUGGGCACCUAUGGGAAAGUUAGUUACUUCUUCAGUGAUGAUCCUGACAGAUUCUCACUGGACAAGGACACAGGUGUGAUCACGCUAAUUGGCCGACUGGACUAUGAGACCACGCAACGCUACACACUGACAGUCAUCGCGAGGGAUGGGGGUGGGGAAGAGACAACGGGGCGUGUGAGAAUUAAUGUUCUGGACAUCAAUGAUAAUGUCCCCACCUUCCAGAAAGACUCCUAUUUGGGGGCUAUCCGUGAAAAUGAGCCUUCAGUCAAUCAGCUGGUCCGUCUCAGGGCAACUGAUGAAGAUUCUCCACCAAAUAACCAGAUCACUUACAGCAUUGUGUAUGCUUCUGAAUUCCGGAGCUACUUUGACAUUAGCAUCUAUGAAGGAUAUGGAGUGAUAAGUGUGACACAUCCCCUGGAUUAUGAGCAAGUCUCCAACGGAGUUAUUUACCUAACUGUGAUGGCCAAGGAUGCUGGCAACCCACCACUCAACAGCACAGUUCCUGUCACCAUUGAAGUGUUCGAUGAAAAUGACAAUCCGCCCACAUUCAGCAAGCCAUCCUACGCCAUCACUGUCAUGGAGGACAUUAUGGCAGGAGCCACAGUGCUAUUCUUAAAUGCCACUGAUUUGGACCGAUCCAGAGAAUACGGUCAGGAGUCAAUUAUUUACUCGCUCGAAGGUUCUUCUCACUUCCGGAUCAAUGCUCGCUCAGGUGAAAUCACUACAACCUCUCUGCUGGACCGGGAGGCCAAAUCAGAGUACAUACUCAUUGUCCGGGCUGUGGAUGGAGGCGUGGGUCACAACCAGAAAACAGGCAUUGCUACUGUGAACAUCACGUUGCUGGACAUUAAUGAUAACUAUCCUGUGUGGAGGGAUGCGCCAUACUACAUUAACCUGGUGGAGAUGACCCCUCCGGACUCGGAUGUCACAACGGUGGUGGCUUUUGAUCCUGACCUGGCUGAAAAUGGCACCCUCCUGUACAGCAUCAGGCCACCAAAUAAAUUCUACAGUAUCAACAGCACCACAGGGAAGAUCCGGACCACGGGUGUUGUGCUGGACAGAGAGAACCCAAAUCCCCAAGAAGCUGAGCUGAUGAGGAGGAUUGUGGUGUCUGUCACAGACUGUGGAAGACCGCCAUUACGGGCCACCAGUAGUGCCACGGUAUUUGUGAACUUGCUGGAUCUCAAUGAUAAUGACCCCACUUUCCAGAACUUGCCUUUCAUUGCAGAGGUCCUUGAAGGCCUUCCAGCAGGCUCAUCUGUCUUCCAGGUGGUAGCUAUCGACCUUGAUGAGGGUCUGAAUGGGCAGGUGACCUAUCGCAUGCAGGUGGGAAUGCCCCGAAUGGACUUCGUCAUCAACAGCACCAAUGGGCUCAUCACCUCCGCUGUAGAGUUGGACAGGGAAAGGAUAUCUGAGUAUUACCUCAGGGUGGUGGCAAGCGAUGCAGGAGUACCAUCCAAAAGCUCCACCAGCACCCUGACUGUCCGAGUUCUGGAUGUGAAUGAUGAGAACCCCACCUUCUUCCCAGCUGUCUACAAUGUCUCCCUGCCUGAAGAUGUACCCCGUGAUUUCAAGGUGGUCCGACUGAACUGCACUGAUGCUGAUGUGGGGCUGAAUGCUGAGCUCAGUUACUUCAUCACUGGUGGAAACCAGGAUGGCAAAUUCAGUGUUGGCUUCAGAGAUGGAGUGGUCAGAACAGUAGUGAAUCUUGACAGAGAGACUGUGGCAUCCUAUACCUUGAUCCUGGAGGCCAUAGAUAAUGGCCCUGCAGGGAACAGGCGGACUGGGACAGCCACCGUGUACGUCACUGUGCUAGAUGUCAAUGACAACCGGCCUAUCUUCCUUCAGAGCAGUUAUGAGGGAAGCGUACCUGAGGACACCCCAGAAUCCAGCAGUAUAGUUCAGGUGCAAGCCACAGAUGCAGAUGAAGGAGUUAAUGGAAGAGUAUGGUACAGGAUUGUCAAGGGAAAUGAAAAUAACAACUUUCGGAUCAACCCCAGCACAGGGCUGGUCAUGCGAGGUUCAAGACCCCUAGACAGGGAGCGCAAUUCAUCCCACGUCCUGGAGGUGGAAGCAUACAACAGUGAGCAAGGACCAAUGAGGAGCUCUGUUAGGGUGAUAGUGUAUGUAGAAGAUGUAAAUGAUGAGGUGCCAGUGUUCACCCAACGGCAGUACAACCGUCUGGGGCUACGAGAGACUGCAGGGAUUGGGACUUCUGUCGCGGUUGUCCGGGCAACAGAUCGAGACACAGGGAAUGGAGGCCUGGUGAGUUAUAAAAUCCUGUCUGGCUCUGAGGGCAAGUUUGAAAUUGAUGAGAGCACUGGCCUCAUCACUACCAUCGACUACCUGGACUAUGAGACCAAAACCAGUUACCUGAUGAACAUCUCUGCCACAGACCAGGCACCUCCCAACAACCAAGGUUUCUGCAGUGUCUAUGUCAGCCUGCUCAAUGAACUGGAUGAGGCAGUGCAGUUUUCAAAUGCCACAUAUGAAGCAGUGAUCAUGGAAAAUAUCCCCAUGGGCUCUGAGGUGCUGCGAGUCCAGGCACGCUCCAUUGACAACCUUAACCAGAUCACCUAUAAAUUUGACCCCAACACCAGCCCUCAGGCACUGUCCCUCUUCAAGAUCAAUGGAGUCACUGGUGUGAUCACUGUCAAAGGCCUAGUGGAUCGGGAGAAGGGGGAUUUGUACAUCUUAACGGUCGUGGCAGAUGAUGGGGGGCCAAAAGUUGACUCUACAGUGGUAACAAUCACUGUCCUGGAUGAGAAUGACAACAGCCCGCAGUUUGACAUCACCUCGGACUCAGCCGUGAGUGUACCAGAGGAUUGUGCCAUUGGGAAGCGGAUUGCAUUAGUCUUAGCCAGAGACCCAGAUGCUGGAAGCAAUGGGCAGGUGACUUUUUCUCUGAUAUCAGGAAAUAUAGGCCAUGUCUUUGAGAUCCACACCACCAACAAUACCUAUGGAGAGGUGUUUGUGGCUAAGCCACUGGACAGAGAACUACUGGAUCGCUACACCUUAAGGAUCCAGGCAUCUGACAAUGGAGUACCACCCCAGAAAAAUGAUCACAUCUUAAGAGUUAAUAUCUUGGAUGUUAAUGAUAACCCACCAGUUAUUGAAAAUCUCUUUGGAUACAAUGUCAGCGUUAAUGAGAAUGUUGGUGGAGGCACCUCAGUGGUUCAGGUUAGAGCAACUGACAGAGAUAUUGGGCUCAACAGCGUCCUUUCCUACUACAUCACCCAGGGGAAUGAAGAUCUGACUUUCCGCAUGGACCGAAUUACUGGCGAGAUUGCCACCCGCCCUUCUCCUCCAGACCGGGAGCGACAGGAAUUCUAUCGGCUUGUUGUCACUGUGGAGGACGAGGGCAACCCAUCUCUUUCAGCCACUACCACUGUGUAUGUCACCAUCGUAGAUGAGAAUGAUAACGCCCCUGUGUUCCAGCAACAGCACUAUGAAGUCACUUUGGAUGAGGGGCCAGACACUCUCAAUGCCACGCUUAUCACUAUCCAGGCACUAGAUCGUGAUGAGGGGCCCAACGGCACAGUUACAUAUGCCAUCACAGAGGGGAAUAUCUUGGACACCUUUCAUAUAGACAGUACUACGGGGCAGAUCCAUACUGUGAAGGAGCUGGACUAUGAGAUCAGCCACGGGCGCUACACCCUGAUUGUCACUGCCACGGACCAGUGCCCAAUCCCAUCACGCCGUCUCACAUCCACCACAACGGUGUUGGUGAAUCUGAAUGAUAUUAAUGACAACCAACCUACUUUUCCACGGGCCUAUGAGGGACCCUUUGACAUCACAGAAGGUCAGCCUGGCCCAAGAGUGUGGACUUUCCUGGCCCAUGAUGGGGACUCAGGCCCAAAUGGACAAGUUGAGUACAGCAUCAUAGCAGGGGAUCCUCUGGGAGAAUUUGUGAUCUCUCCCGUGGAGGGAGAGCUGCGAGUUCAGAAGGACGCUGAGCUAGAUCGAGAGAACAUUGCUUUCUAUAACCUCACCAUUUGUGCCAAAGACAGAGGGGUACCUCCUCUCAGCUCCACAGUCAUGGUGGGUGUGCGUGUUUUGGACAUUAAUGAUAAUGAUCCAGUGCUCCUUAACCUGCCCAUGAAUAUCACCGUCAGUGAGAACACACCUGUCUCCAACUUCAUCACCCGCAUCCUUGCCCGAGAUGCUGACAGCGGAAGGAAUGCUCUCUUGACCUACAGUAUAACAGCUGGCAACAGAGAAAAUGCUUUUUACAUUAAUGGCACUACGGGCAUAAUUUAUGUAAAUCGCCCCUUGGACAGAGAGCGGGUGGCUGAGUACAGGCUGACCAUAACCGUAAAGGACAACCCUGAGAACCCACGCAAUGCCAGGCGGGAUUUUGACCUGUUGGUGAUAUCAAUAGCAGAUGAAAAUGAUAACCAGCCACUUUUCACUCAGAGUUCUUACCAGGCAGAGGUGAUGGAGAACUCCCCAGCAGGAACUCCCAUCACGGUGCUCAAUGGGCCAAUUCUGGCUCUGGACAAUGAUGAGGGCAUCAAUGCUGUGGUGACCUACCAGCUCCUGGGACUGACAGAGGAUCUUUUUGUUAUCAACAACAGAACAGGUGUCAUUUUGGUGAAGCCAGGCAGAGUGAUUGACCGUGAAGCCUUUUUGAACCCAAGCCUGGAGUUCAUGCUGGUGGCAUCAGAUAUUGGGAAGCUAAACAGUACAGCUAGGCUUAUUGUGACCAUCCUGGAUGAUAAUGACAACAGACCGAUUUUUAACCCGGCAGUGAUGACUGUGCGACUGAAGGAAAACAGCCCCCCAGGUUUUUCUGUCCUCCAGGUAACAGCUACAGAUGCAGACAGUGGCCUCAACCAACAGCUGAGCUAUCGGAUUGAGAGUGGAGCUCAGGACAAGUUUCUGAUCAAUGUCGACACUGGAGUGAUCCAGGUGGCCAACAUCACCAUAGACAGGGAAGAGAAGGACACCUACCGAAUGACUUUGGUGGCUGUGGAUCGAGGCACACCCCCUCUCUCUGGCACAGCUACUGUCAACAUCCUCAUUGAUGAUGUCAAUGAUUGUCGGCCAGAGUUCAUCAACCCAAUCCAGACAGUCAGUGUGCCGGAGUCAAUAGAGCCUGGCACUAUCAUUGCUGAGGUCACGGCAAUAGACAGAGAUCUCAACCCCCGGCUGGAAUAUUAUCUCAUUGAAAUUCUGGCUAAGGAUGACACCAAUGCUCUAGUGCUGGACCAGCAGGGAGCAUUUGUUGUGGACUUUAGAACAGGAGCUGUGAAGGUUAACUCCGCUCUAAACAGGGAGCUGGUGGCCACUUAUGAAGUCACCAUAUCUGUCCAUGAUAAUGCCAGUGACUUAAUUGACCGCUCAGUCAGUGUGCCAAACGCAAAGCUAACAGUGAAUGUGCUAGACGUCAAUGACAAUACACCCCGAUUUCGUCCUUUUGGGACCACCUAUUUUACUGAGAGGAUCCUGGAAGGGGCCACACCAGGGACUACCUUGAUUUCUGUGUCAGCAGUGGAUCCAGACAAAGGUCCCAAUGGACAGAUCACCUAUGAGCUCCUGAACCUUUCACCAGAGGGGUAUGCCCGGCUUGAGGAUCCCUCAGCAGGGAAGGUUGUUGCAAGCAGGACAGUGGACUAUGAGGAAGUGCAAUGGCUGAACUUCACUGUCCGAGCCUCAGACAAUGGUUCUCCUCGGAGGUCAUCUGAGAUCCCCGUAUAUCUCCAGAUUGUGGAUAUCAAUGACAAUAAUCCUAUCUUCAGCCAGCCAUCUUACCAGAAAGCUGUCUUUGAAGAUGUCCCAUUGGGCACAGUUAUCCUUAGGGUUAAAGCCACUGAUGCUGACUCCGGGCGCUUUGCCCUCAUUGAGUACAGCCUGGGAGAUGGAGAGGGCAAAUUUGGAAUAAAUCCCAACACGGGCGAUAUCUACAUCCUGUCAACCCUUGAUCGAGAAAAGAAGGAUCACUAUACGCUGACUGCCGUAGCCAAGGACAACCCUGGGGACAUUCCUAGUAACCGUCGAGAGAAUUCUGUUCAGGUGCUGAUUACAGUUCUCGACAUCAAUGACUUCAGGCCCCAGUUCUCUAAGAGCCAAUUCAGCACCAGCGUGUAUGAAAAUGAGCCAGCGGGGACAUCUGUGAUCACAAUGACAGCCAUGGACCUUGAUGAGGGUGACAAUGGAGUGGUAACCUACAGCAUCGAGGGGCCUGGAGUGGAGGCUUUCAAGAUCGGUAAGGACUCUGGGCUCAUCACAACCUGCAGACGCCUGCAGUCUUACGAGAGGUUCAACCUGACGGUGGUGGCCACAGACAAAGGCAAGCCCCCUCUCUGGGGGACCACCAUGCUCCAAGUGGAAGUCAUUGACAUUAAUGAUAACCGGCCGGUGUUUGUCCGGCCACCCAAUGGCACCAUCCUGCAUAUUAAAGAGGAAAUACCUCUGCGGUCCAAUGUGUAUGAAGUCUAUGCCACAGAUAAGGAUGAGGGUCUCCAUGGAGCUGUGCUGUACAAUCUACUAAAAACAGGAGCCGGGAAUAAAGACUGGGAGUAUUUCACCAUUGACCCCACCAGUGGACUCAUCCAGACAGCAAAGAGGCUAGACCGAGAGACACAAGCCAUCUAUAAUCUUAUCAUUGUGGCUUGUGACCAGGGUCAGCCACCGUAUGAGACCAUGCAGCCUCUCCAGGUGAUGCUGGAUGACAUUGAUGACAAUGAACCCCUCUUCAUGAGACCACCUAAAGGUCACCCCCAGUACCAAGCACUCUCUGUUCCUGAACACUCCCAUCCUGGAACCAUUGUAGGGAAUGUCACUGGUGCUGUAGAUGCAGACGAGGGAUCCAAUGCUAUUGUCUACUAUUUCAUAGCAGCUGGCAACAGGGAGAACAAUUUCCAGCUAAGCCGGGAAGGGAAGCUGCAAGUGAUGAAAGACUUGGAUCGAGAGAAGGAGCCCUACCACUCUAUCAUUGUCAAAGCUUCCAGCAACAGAAACUGGACACCACCCAGAGGCCACAGGCCAGGCCAGUUCCAGGCCUGGGACCUCAGUGCAGACCUCACACUUCAGGAAGUCCGGAUCUUUCUGGAGGAUAUUAAUGAUCAAGCGCCACGGUUCACUAAGUCAGAAUACACUGCAGGGGUUGCAACAGAUGCCAAGGUGGGCUCAGAGUUGAUCAAAGUCCUAGCAGUGGACACUGAUGUGGGCAACAAUAGCCUGGUUAUGUACAGCAUCCUGGGCAUCCAUUAUAUCAAGCAGCACACCAAUGACUCAGUGGAGGUGGCCAGUGUCUUCAGCAUUGGUACUUUUGAUGGGAUCCUGCGGACCUUUGACCUCUUUACAGCCUACAACCCUGGCUACUUUGUAGUGGAUAUCAUGGCUUCAGACCUAGCUGGCCACAAUGACACAGCUAUAAUUGGAAUUUACAUCUUGCGAGAUGACCAGCGAGUGAAAAUCAUCAUCAAUGAGAUCCCUGACAAAGUGCGGCAGUUUGAGGAGGAGUUCAUCAGUCUGCUCUCCAACAUCACAGGGGCUAUUGUCAACACAGAUGAUGUGCAGUUCCAUGUUGACAAAAAAGGCCGUGUGAACUUUGCCCAGACAGAAUUGUUGAUCCAUGUAGUGAACAGGGAAACCAACAGGAUCCUGGAUGUGGAGCGAGUGAUUCAAAUGAUUGAUGAGAAUAAGGAGCAGCUGAGGAAUCUCUUUAGAAAUUACAAUGUGCUGGAUGUGCAGCCUGCUAUCACUGCCCGGGCCCCAGAUGAUCUCUCAGCAUUGCAGAUGGCGAUAAUUAUCUUAGCUGUCCUCCUCUUCUUGGCUGCCAUGCUCUUCAUCCUCAUGAACUGGUACUACAGAACAGUGCACAAAAGAAAAUUAAAAGCUAUUGUGGCUGGCUCUACAGGAAACCGAGGCUUCAUGGACAUCAUGGAUAUGCCAAACACAAAUAAAUAUUCCUUUGAUGGAGCUAACCCCGUGUGGUUAGAUCCUUUCUGCAGGAACAUGGAGCUGGCAGCACAAGCAGAGCAUGAAGAUGACUUACCUGAAAACCUAAGUGAAAUCACAGACCUAUGGAAUAGCCCAGCCAGGACUCAUGGGACAUUUGGAAGAGAGCCCUCUGCUGCCAAGCCCGAAGAUGACCGUUACCUGCGAGCAGCCAUUCAGGAAUAUGAUAACAUUGCCAAACUAGGUCAGAUCAUGAGGGAAGGACCCAUCAAGGGCUCUCUCUUGAAGGUGGUCUUAGAAGAUUACAUGCGGUUGAAAAAGCUGUUUGCCGAGCGGAUGGUGCAUAAAGCCACCACUGCCAGUCAGGGGGACCAGUCCUCAGUCACUGAGCUGAUCCAGAAUGACUUGGAUAAUGAGGAGGAGCACAGCGCCAGUCAGGGCAGCCUUCGCUUCCGGCACAAGCAGCCUGUGGAGAUCAAAGGGCCGGACGGCAUCCAUGUGGUGCAUGGCAGCACAGGCACACUGCUCACAUCCGAUCUCAGCAGCCUGCCAGAGGAUGACCAAAAGGUGCUGGGGCGGUCCCUGGAGACUCUGAAUGCAGACUCAGGGGGCUAUAAUGACCGCAAUGCUCGCACAGAGUCUGCCAAAUCUACCCCUAUGCACAAGAUGAGGGAGGUGAUUAUGGAAAGCCCUCUGGAGAUCACGGAGUUAUGACUAGAAGUGGCAUCGCUCGUGUAGCCUCCCAAGCAAGCCAGGGUCAAGCGGACAGUUGCUGCAGAAGGAAAGCACAGACUGGGAGAGAAGAGGGCCAAAGAGAACCUGGUGGCCUAACCACGUGUGCUUGGCCCCUGGAACAAAUCCUACUAAAACAGCCAAUGGGUUUUUUUUUUUUGACACAGCAGCUGCGGAGAGGCUUUCCUCAGCAGAGGGUUCCUGAGACUGUUUGCUUUACCAGAAGCUCACAUCAUUUGACCAUUACAUCCAUAAAUUUUUUAUUUUUUUAAAAAAUAUGAAGUGUUAAACAAGUGUUAGACAAGCAGAUGGGAAGCCCUGGGGAUCUGAGCUAUGACCUGCCAAUGGGCAGGGUUGCAAUAAACAGCACCAAGCGGUGCAGAAACUCAAGGCUUGUAGGCCUUCUGGCUCCCCAGCUUACCCGUUGCUGACACUGAGGUAUCCUUCUACUGUGCAUGGGACUGGGGGGUGCAUUACACUAGGGUGGGGGAAGGUGGCAGCCCACCAACGUGGUCUGAAGGUACCAUGUGUCAUUCCAGGAAGCCCGGAAGGGGCUUGGAUCUGUUUGGCAUUAAUCUGUGUUGUCACCUUUCCAGAAAGGGAAAGCAACUGAAGACAUUUCUCCAUUUUGCUGGCUUACCAAAACAUAUAUGACGUCAAAAGAAAGAAACAGACUGACAUUAACUUGGAUUCUGAAUGUGGAGUGUUCGUGUGUAAUUUUUUUUUUGUUCUGUUUCUAAUAGUAACUUGUUGAGAGUUUUGGGAAUGGUCUGUUAAAGGAACCAGAAAUACACUAUAUAUGGAUUUGGUUAA